AUUUGCUCUCUGGCUUGUGGCCGUGUUCAUGAGAAAGAUCAUGCCACUGAGGUGUUCUUGUUCCUUCGUCCCGCCCGAUACAUGAAAGCGCUGCUUCUCCAAGCUAUGAUCCGGCCUGGUUUUCCCCUCAUUUCGUCCUAGAUUGCCGCUUUAGUCACCUCUCCGACAUUGCCCCUCAGGACGAAAAGCGCAACGGUUUCCGUAUCCCCGAGCACUGCCAGUCAAAAAUAAACCCUUGCGAUGAACCAAGAUCCCUCAUUGGCAUCGUGGUCCGGCCAUAUGCCUGAAGAUUCUCUGAUUUCUGGCUCUAGCGAGGACCUGUCAAAUCUGCUCGACUUUGACUUUGAUCUGGCCGACUUAGGAACUCCAGUUGACCAGCAUGGCAACCCUAUUGCCACCUCGGUCUCGCAGGUGCCGACUACUCUGGUGCAGGAUGCUCAGUUGACGGGAAUGGAAGGGAUUCAGACCUCUCAACCUCAGCAGUAUGCGACUUCAUUUACUGAUCAGAUGCAAUCCAUUGAAAUGCAAGGAGUCACUUGCACUCAGGCGCAAGUGAAUCCGACGCAUUUUUAUCUUCAGAAGCAGCACCAGCAUGGAAUCGUUCCCCAGGGCUUCGGGCAACCCCAUCAGUUUGUCCCACCCACUCCAAACAGCACCGAGUUACACGGAGGUGUCGCACGGUACCCCCCUCCAUUAGACACUGGGGCUCAGCGACGAUACGAACCGUAUACUCGCGGAACUGAUGACCAGGGUGCUUUCACGCCAUUGAUAUCGCCUGCAAUGACCCCUCUGGAGCAGCAACUGCGCUUUCCAGAAUAUGCAACUCCCGGUGAAUAUCUAACGCCGUUGACAUCGCCUGCCCUCGAGGCACACAACCACAAUGGCAACGGAUUCAUGCUUAGUCAAACUGCGGGGGUGGAUAUGGGUUUUGUCACUUCACCCGUGGACACGAGACAUCAGCUACCCGCCAGCACAGCUCCGUCGUCUCCUGCAAUUCUCAGGCGCCAUAGGCGAAAGUCUUCCAUUGCACAGAGGUCCAAUGCUCGUCAAGUUCGUCAGUCUCCUUCCAUGAGACCGAUGAGCAGCCGUCAAAAGUCUCGGCCAGGUUCUGCAAUCAUCCCUGGUGGUGACAUGCGAAUGUGGAACAGAGAUCUUUCCCAGGAUCCCUCGCUGUCAGAUAAACGGAAUGGUUCGCGACAAAGUAGCAGUACCGAAAGCUCAGGCCAAGAUUCCGUGUCUCCAGAGCCGUUAAGCGAACCUUUGAUGCCGCCACCAGCCCUCCCACGUGCUUUUAAGUCACCAUAUAUGGCUGCACAGGAGUCAAGCUCGGAGCAAAGAGCGAGGGAAGCCGCGACUCCCGCAACAUUGAUGAAGUUGCAAAGCCGGCCAACCGAAGCCAACUCUAGUGCCAAUUUCUCGCGACCCGGUUCUGUUGUAAUUUCAAAUGUCCCCGAAGAGACAAUGGAAGAUAUCUCACUUCCAGAAGCGGCCUCAAACGUCGACCAGGCUGCUACUUCAACCAGUAGUACGAUCACUGAUGCGAAUGAGCUUACGCCGAGAUUAGCCGCAAAGCAAACACCGGUUUUGAAGUCGUUGAAGGAAACAAAUGGCCAAGGCACUGCUUCGGUGACUCCAAGCCCGCAAAUAGGUGCGAUGAAAUCUCCAAUGGGGCCGGUUGGACUUAAAAGGGCAGAUUCUAGACCGGGAGGGAGAACGUCUAAGAAGCGGCAGAGUGGAAGUACUUCACAGAUCAGCCCGGCCUUGAGACCGAAAAUAAGUCCAAGCAUACAGCCUCUUAUUCGUGCAGAAGGUAUGAAUAUCUUCGUUUCCUAUAAUCUCGAUUCUGUUUGCUUACGUGAUGGUAUAGGAAUUUCGUCUGAGACAUCUGCCCUCUAUCUUGCCUCCAAAUCAAACUAUCAACAUAUCCUGGAGGGAACAGUUCUUCCAGGGGUCUCGUAUCCGGAAAAUUUGGCUGAGAAUUUGAGUUCGAAACGCACAAAUCAUAAACUUGCAGAACAAGGACGACGGAACCGCAUUAACACCGCUCUUAAAGAAAUAGAAAGGCUCCUGCCCCCUUCCUUGACACACGAUGGAAAUAAAGACAAGGAUAAAGAUAAAGCCGCCGAAGGUCGAGCGAAUGGAACGUCUUCCAAGUCUCCAGAUAAACCCGCAUCCCACCAGCCAAUUAGCAAAGCUAGCACAGUGGAGCUAGCCAUUGUCUAUAUCAAAGCGCUGCAACAAGAACUUGCUGAAACGAAAAAGCAAUUGAAAGACUUGACAACAAAAUUAGACGGGACCGAAAAUCCAAACAUAGCUCUAGAGAAAGUCAAUUCCGAAAAGACAGCAACUCAGCCAGGCAAAUCCGACCCUGAAGCGCCCACUGCUACCCAGAAAACGACAACUGCAGAGGAACCAAACCCUGAAAACGAUGAAUCAAAGGCCGCGCAAUGA